AUUCCUCUGCUCGUCUCCUUCCUCGCUCCCUCCCGGCCAUUGACCAAGCGCCGGUGUGACUCCGUGAGGAUCCUUGGAUCGACGGACGAAGCGAGCAUAUAUAUAUAUAUAUAGCGAGUGCAUAUAUACAGUGAUAAGGGAUUCAGGAUGCGGAUGAGCUGCAACGGGUGCCGCGUGCUGCGCAAGGGGUGCAGCGACAACUGCGCCAUCCGGCCGUGCCUGCAGUGGAUCCGCAGCCCCGACGCACAGGGAAACGCCACCGUCUUCCUCGCCAAGUUCUACGGCCGCGCCGGUCUCAUCAACCUCAUCACCGCCGGCCCCGAACACGCCCGACCCGCAAUAUUCCGGUCGCUGCUGUACGAGGCCUGCGGCCGCAUGCUCAACCCUGUGUACGGCUCGGUCGGCCUGCUCUGGUCCGGGAACUGGCAGCACUGCCAGGCCGCCGUUGAGUCGAUCCUCCGCGGCAUGCCCAUCGCGCAGCCGCCGCCCGCGGCCACGGCUGUCCCGCCUCUACGGACGUGCGACAUCCGCCACGUCGCCAGGAGAGGCGACCACUGCGGCGUCGCAGCCGACCUCCACCGGGUGACCAACAGCUCUCGGGGGCAGUUCAAGCGACUCGGCGCGCGCAGGUCGUCAGGGUCCGACUCCGGCAUCGAGCUCGUCUUCGCCCAGCCGUCGGCCGCCAUGCUGGUCGACGUCCAGCAGGCACAGCCGCUGAACUGGGCGCCACGUGAAUCGAGUCACGAGUACUCUGCGAACCAUGACGCCCUGCCAGAGACAGACAGCAACACCUCGGCGGACACCGUGGAAGUGUCUCAUGUCAGCCAGUCCGAGUCCGACCCACCAAGAGAAAGCGAUGGGCGUGAGGCUGGCCUGGACCUCACACUAGGCCUAGUGCCGUCGGUGCACAAAACGGAGCCGUCAGACGUUGACGACGGCCAGCCUGAUCACAGAGGCGAGCCGGUGAAGCUCGGCUUGGCGAUCUCAGCUUCGGCAGCUUGACCAUGAAUUAAUAUAGUGAAGUCUCUUGAAAUACGGAGCGAACGGAGAGGGACUUUUGAUUGGCAGUAACUCUUCAUAAUCAUGUUUUAGUUGUAGUCUUUGUACGUAGGAAUCACUUUGGUGUUUUCGAGUUUCGGAAAUAUCGUGUAACAAUAUAAUAGUCCAUGCCCUUUUUUGCC